UGCUCAUGUGUGUUUAUCCCCCGUGUCCUGUGAAUUAUUUAUUUAACAGUGCGAUGUAUCAUAUAGAGUAAUCCCGUGGCCAUGUGUAUCUGAAGUAAAUAUUUAAAUAUAUACUUACUGACCAAAUGAAGACCAAAGUAUCCGUAACUCUCGCAAGAGUGCUUAUAAGCAGCAGCAGCAAGUUAUUGCAUCCAUAUUUUUAAAAGGAUUUCCUCGCAAUUGUUAUUUUCUUCCUCUUCUUCUUCUUCAAAUUGCCGAAUCAUCGUUUACGAUGGAAGAAGUUGACAAUAUAAUCAUACAUUCCUUACGUCAAAUAGGCUGUGAUGUAGACGAAAAUAUAACAAAUAUUGCUAGUUUUGAUACUGAACUUGUUGUUAAAGCAACCGUUAGAUGCCUCGAAGUUAUUAAACCUGGUCUCGAACUAAAUUCUGUUCUGCCUGCAAAUAUGGCAGCGAGGUUUCGCAUGGGCACAACUCUUGCCCAGUACUGUUCAGACCUUGGCUACACAGGUGAUAUUGGAUAUCAAACUUUUUUAUACAACGCCGAAUCUGACCUCAGGAAGGUUUUUAUGUUUUUGAUAGAAAAAUUACCUAAAGAAAGCGAAAAAAGUAUUAGCGAACCAAUAACACAGCGUGCUCAGUUGGAAAAGGUAAUAUCAUCAGCUGUAGCGUCCGAAAUAUCAGCGCCAUGGUUGCCAUACUAUUGCCAUAAAAAACGAUCAAAAUUCAACUUCAGGAUUACAGUUCCUUUCAAACCCGUGCCUCUUGAUACUUUUACAGAAGACAACGAAGAAUCUAAAAAUUAUACCAUUAAAUUCAAGCCGUCAAUACUGGAGCAAGUACCAUCUGCAAGCCAGCUUAUACCAUCAGUUAUUGCUUUGAAUAGUAAACUGGAGCAUGCAAAUGAAGAUGCAUCGUUAAUGACACUUACCGAAAAAAUAGAAUGGCUGAACUCUCAAAAACAAGAGGAAAUGAGUGAAACAUCAGAAGCUGGAAGUCAUCUAAUCGGUAGACUCAUGGGAGGCAUAACAUUGAAAGAAACCAAAAGUUCUGAUCAAGAAGCUGCAGAAACGAGUACAUCGGAGACUCAAGAAGUACCCCAAAAAUUAGAAAAACCAGAAAUCGAUGAAGAAGAAGAGAUUGAAAAAUUAAAAAACGAAGUUGAAACUUUGAAAUCAGAAAUUGAAGAGCUGCAGGAAGAAGUGAAACAAUUAGUUUUAGAGAUAGAACAUCAAUCAGCAGUUAAAGAAAAAGAGUCCAAAGAAAUUGCAUCUAAGCAAGAAGAGAGGAAAAUAGAAUUGAAAGCUUUGGAAUUACUUGAGAAUGGAGAAGAGAAUGUAAAAAAAUUGGAGGAAGCUAUUGAAGCAAGUGUAAAUAAGUUGAUGAGCUUAGCUAAUCAGUGGGAAAAGCACAGGGUACCUGCACUUAGAGAAUACCGGGAUGAAAAAGAAAAGUAUUCUUCUAAAGCUAGUGAUAGUCAAAAGAAACUAGAUGAGAUUCGCGCUCUCAAGGAAAAAGAAAAGGAAUUGCUAGAGGAAUGCCGCACCAAGGAUCAACUGUAUACUCAACUUGUAGCCGAAGUUCAAAAACUUCCAAAAGAGGUAAACAGAUCUGCGUACACCCAGCGAAUACUAGAAAUCAUCAACAACGUGAGAAAACAAAAGAACGAGAUAGACAAGGUGCUGGCGGAUACACGCGAGUUACAAAAAGAAAUAAACACCCUUUCGGGAAGAUUGGAGAGGUCUUUCGCGGUGGUCGACGAACUAAUAUUUCGUGAUGCUCGAACCAAUGAAACCGCCAGAACAGCAUACAAAUUACUUGCAACGUUACAUUCUGACUGUAGCGAGAUCAUAAGGCUAGUAGAGGAGACUGGUGCAACAGUUAGAGAAAUUCGAGAUCUUGAGGAACAGAUUGACUCGGAAUCUGCUAAAAACAUAGGAGCAAAUUUGGAAAGAAUCACAGCAGAUUUGAAACAAAUGAGACAGGAGACUGCGACGUUGACCGCACAAUUAGAAAGCAAAAACUCUGCAUGACUGUGUAAAUAUGCCGUGAUAAAUCUUAGUAUGAUUGACAAUGAGAACAACGAUCAAUUAAUUGAGUUACAAUAAUGCAAAUAAUUAUUAAAAAUAAG